AUGCCGGCAGCAGGCGAGGAUACAGUCUGCGACUUGGGCAGCGUGAGGUUCGAAACCGAGAAAGUCGCCUGCAGCUGGACUGUCUUGAACUACAAAUACUGGCCUCAAGGGGUAGACGAAGUGAAAUCGCCCAGUUUCUGGCACUGUAACUCGAGCGAGUGGUGCAUGGUGCUGUGUAAAGACGUUGCCAAAGCCCUGUACUUCUGCUUCCAGCUACUGACUUCCCAGAAAGACGCUACUGUGCGAGCUAGACUGACGGCGUCACUAGUGUCCAGCAGCGGUAUAGAGUACGAGGUGUACCCGGCGGAGUCGGUCUGCCUCGAUGCACCAAAGAAGUCGAAAUGGAAGUGCUUGUACGGCUCCUUCAGACCGGAGGACGGUUUCGAUUACAUGCUGAGGUUCGUGGGAGAGGUGACCACGUCGUGUGUGAUAACGGAGCCUUACCCGAUCGUUGCCCUCCAGAGGCCUCGUCGCAGCGUCACAGACGACCUGGCAGCACUGCUGGAGACGGGCCAGCUGUCUGACGUGAAGCUGUGGGCAGGUGACGCAGAGUUCCAAGCGCACAGGGCCGUGCUGGCCGCACGCAGCCCCGUCUUCGCCGCCAUGCUCCGGCAUGACACCCAGGAGGCUCGCACCGGCAGCGUCCGCAUCGACGACGUCGAGGCGGACGUCCUGCGCGAGGUCCUGCGUUUCGUCUACACGGACAGCACGCCCUUCCUGGAGACGAUGGCUGACAGGCUGCUGAUGGCGGCCGACAAGUACGACCUGCCCCAACUGAAGGAGCUCUGCGAGGUGGAGUUGGUCAAGAACCUCACCGUGGACAAUGCCGCCGCUACCGCCGUCAUCGCCUUGAGCCACUCCUGCGAUGUACUCAAGCGGCCGGUCAUGAGUUUCGUGAAGCGCCAUCUUGUGCCCAUCAUGGGCAGCAAAGGUUGGGCGACUGCCAUUAGGGAUCAUGCUGAAGCAGUGGUCCAGAUUAGCCGCUUGGUAAUGGAAGAGCCUCUUUAA